AUGCGUAGAGGUCUUGGGGUUACGGGUUUAAAAAGGAAAAUUGCGGCAAAUGAUCAAUUUCGUGAGUUUGGAAACAAUAAGGCGGAAACAGAAAUGCAGCAGCUAAAGGAACAACUCCAAGUUUUCAAAACAAAUCUGGAAGAGUUUGCUCGCAAAUAUCGUAAAGACAUUCGUAAGAAUCCUAUGUUUCGAGCACAUUUUCAGAAAAUGUGCAGUAAUAUCGGGGUUGAUCCACUUGCAUCAAAUAAAGGAUUUUGGGCAGAAUUUUUAGGAGUAGGCGAUUUUUAUUAUGAACUUGGCGUACAGAUUAUCGAAAUUUGUUUAUCUACUCGAGGUAGAAAUGGGGGAUUGAUUGAAUUAGAUGAAUUGAAACGACAAUUGGUAAAAAUGCGUGGAGGUAAUAGUGGUGGUGGAAUUAGUGGAUCCAAUUCGUCACAAGAGAUCAGUGAUGAUGAUAUCAUACGCUCUAUUAAAACCCUUAAACCAUUAGGUAAUGGAUUUGAAAUAUUACAAAUUGGUGAUAGAAAAAUGGUAAGAUCAGUCCCACGGGAACUAAACAUAGAUCAAUCUGAAAUAUUGGCUUUGGCGCAGGCGAAAGGUUAUGUCACUAAAGAUAUAAUAGAAUCAGAAUUGGGAUGGGGAAUAGAACGCAUAAAUGAUGUUAUAGAUACAUUACUUUCGGAUGGCCUUUGUUGGAUAGAUGAACAAGCAUAUCCCAAUGAAUAUUGGGUACCUAGUUUUUUUAAAG